GGUCAAUCAUAUAUAACAGAAGUUGUUCUACUUCACAGGUUAAUAGAGAGAUAAGAGUAUCACGUUCGAUAUUAGAAAUAGAUUCAUAUGUAAAAUGAUGGAAUUACUUCGUUCUAUCGUGUUUGUCGUGUUGGUUUCAAUUUCGUACGCUGAUGUUUGUGAAGAUGUGGAUACGAAGUCAUGUGAAAUAUUAGCUGCUUUACGUACAGAUUUAUGUUCCAAUCCUUGUUUAUCUAAGCUGUGCAACCGACAUUGUGGCCAUUGCCCUGUUAAGUGUUAUCAGUGCCAUGAAAUUGAUGAUCCAUCUAAUUGUACCAAUCUCAUUGCCUGUCCAAGUGCAGAUCACUACUGUUAUACCACACAGACAUUUACAGACGAUUUCACAGAAGUCUACAAAAUGGGCUGUGCCAUUAAAAGUGUAUGUCAGCAGUACCUAGGUGGUGCAGAAAGUAUGACAAGAAAUAUAGAUGUAAAUGGAGCUUGUUGUAUGCAGGAUAAAUGCAAUAACAAACUACCGUUAGUCAUCAUGGGCGCAGAGGUUCCAACAACACAACAACCAGUUACAUUCGUUAAUACAACAGCAGACCCCAGUUCAUGUAAAAAUCUAGAUGAUGGCGUAUGUCAGAGAUUAGCAAUGGCAAGCCCAGGCAUAUGCUCUGAUAAAUGCUUUGCCGAAAAUGUUUGUCCACGUAUGUGUGGAUCAUGUUUGAACUGUUACACUUGUAAUGAUAUUGACAACAUAACAGACUGUACAACCAUUAACGUUUGUCAAUCUGGACACGAAUGUUUUACCCUUGAAACAUUAAGCAUUGAUCUGAGACCAGUGUUCAGAGUUGGAUGUAUCGAGGAAAAGUUGUGCUCGCGAUUCCAGGCUAGCACCGGUAAUAUAUUUGGCCGACGGGAUGGAUUUUCCUUAAAAGGAGGAUGUUGUAAGAGCGAUUUGUGUAAUGACCAUGUGGGAACGAUAAACAACCAACCGACAACAACAACAACUCAACAACCAACAACAUUAGGUUGUACCAACUUACAUCAGCACUGUCCGGCAGGAUUCCACUCUUUAGAUUCCUCUUGCUACAUGAUUGGACCACAACGGAUGUCUUGGCAAGAUGCUAAGAGCUACUGUGAGUCUCACUGUGCCAGACUAGUUGACUUUUCAUCUAGGUCUAAUAUGCAAGAUAUUUUUGCUUUAUUAGUUCCACAUCGUCAAGGAAACUAUCAAGACGAAAGAGUAUGGACCGAUGCUACAUAUAGUCGGAGUAAUUGGGUAUGGAGUCACAAUGGUAAUUACAUCAGCUCACGUUCCUUUAGAAAUUUGGUUCAUUCACACUCAACCACCCAUGCAUGUGGAUUUGCAAUGGUUCAUACCAGUUCAGGAGGGAUUAUUUUUUCACCUACUACAACCGAAGACUUGAUAGCCGAUAGGUGUAGCGCAACAUAUCUUCCACUCUGUGAAGCUUCCAGAAAUUAAUUUACCUGGUUAAUUCUCCAGUAUUGUAUGUGAAAGACAGAAUGU